UCGUUGCAAAACUAUAUUAAUUUUUGAAUGCUACUUUUUUUUUCUCCUGUUUCCAACAUUUUGUUUUGGUUUUUUGUUUUGAGUACCAAAUUAUAGUUAUUGAUGAAAUGGAUAAUAACCAGCAUAAUAUUUAUACAAUAUCAGAUUCCGAUAAUGAUUCUAUCAUUGUCGAAAGUGGUCCAAAUAAUUCGACGCUAGACAACAGUCCAUCGUCUCCAGGUGAACCAGAAUUCUUUCGCCAAGUUUUAAAAAAUCAAAAGCACUUAAUAUCCGUUUCGCCAGAAUUAAAUUUUCACCAUAAAAAAAAUCUACCGAUUUCUGAAACUCCUCCACCACCAAAUUACAGUGACGAUGAUGAUGUAUGUAUGAUCGUAGAUCAUCUAGAACCGAAUAUAAAUGUUAAAGGUACCAAACAAAGAAAAAGAAAAAAUAUUGAAUCAAAUGAUGUACAAGCGUCAGAUAUACUUGCCAUACAUAAUAUAUUGGAAAUACCAAAAAAAAGACGUCUGACCAAAGACGAACAAGAAAAAAAAAAGCAAGAAGAAUUGUCUAGGAAAAAUGAAAAGAAAAAAAUAACCGAGGCGUUGAAACGCAUUAAACCAACAGAGUGUAUAAAAUAUAUAACGGUACAUAUAGAUACAAAUCUUCAAAACUGUGAAUUUGGCCAACAAAUAUUGAUUGAUUUACAAUCUAUGGAAUCAAAAUAUAAAUGUGAACUAAACCCAAAUGCUUCAUAUUCUGUAACGUGGUCAAGAAAUAUUUCUGACAAUGUCGACGAGAAUGAAAAUUUUAUGCUAUUGAUUUGGGAUUUUGAUCGCAUCAAGGACUUGAUAUCAUCCGAUCGAUUAAUAGAAAGUAUAAACAAUUUAAAGAUGUAUAGAAAUCAUAUUUCUCUUAUAGUAUAUGGUUCUGCUGAGGAAUUCAAAAAAUGUAAAUCCCGUAAAAAAGGAACUUUCACCAAAUCAGUUAUGUUGAUUGGUCUCCAGAAAAUGAUGUUGAGUUGUAGUGUCACAUUUCGUCUCGUUGAGACUAAAAACGAAAUUGGAUCGACUAUUGUUAAUUUCACUAAGGCUGUUGCUCAAAAACCAUUCAAGGUGAAUAAAUUCAAUGAAGAACUAGAAGGUUGUGAAUGGUACGCAACCGGACAUUCUAAAAACUGCGUAUCUGUUGAUAAAAACGGCACUGGUUUAAAUCAACUAUGGCGACAACAAUUAUCUCAGUUUCCACUGUGUUCACUCGAAGCGAGCGAAGCUAUUGCAACUGUCUACAAAACACCUACAUUGUUGUUAGAGGCGUAUGAAAAAUGCAGUUCAAGAAUGGAGGGAGAACUUUUGCUUCAGGACAUUCCCGUACGCCGCGGUUAUGGUCCAUUAGUUGCUACUCGCCGCGUCGGGCCCGAAUUGAGUAAAAAGAUAUAUUUAUUUUUUAUGGACGACACGGGACAAGCAUUAUUAUCGCAAGAAUAACAAAUGCAUUGAGUAAAUAAAGAUUAAAAAAAAAAACACAAUAAACUGUUCAAAUAACAACUUGUAUUACUGGUAAUUAUUUCUUUCAUACUGAUUAGUUUAUGUGUGCUUUGACUAGCCACAUCUAAAAUAUACUCUUUGAAUAAUAGCAAUAUAUAAAUGUUAUUAUAUUAAACAUGCAUAUCAAUUUAGUCA